UCUGUACAUUGGCUCAUGUUAUACAUGGGGGAAUAAGAGAGCGGCGGAGGAACCGAAAGCGACAGCAGAAUCCCUGGCGAUAAGUAUAGCGAUUAAUAGCGAUCGUGAAAUGGGGGGAAUUCAAUGCCAAAUCACUCAAAACAGGGUGUCGUAAAAGGAAACUCGCAUUUUGGCAUUGUAUUUUUUAAAUAUAAAUUUGGCGUGGACCUGGGUAAGGCACCUCCCUGUCUUCUCUGCGCCGGGGUGUGUGCGUGUUUUUCGGGUAGGCUUCAUCGCAUCACCGCGCUGCAGUGUGUUACUGGAACCGAACUGAGGUGCCACGCCGCCGGUUACAGCUGCCCUGCGCCGUCGCCCGAUACUAUGUCAAAAACAGAGAGAGACAAAGUAACACUGCGAAUCAAACCUACUGACCUAUGCAAUGAAAAAAUGGCAACUUUGCUCUCUAACAGCUGUGGUUUGUAGCCAUAAAGAAGUGCAACUGUGCCGAAAAAUAUAGUGGAGCGAUUUUUGUGCCUGGUAAUAAAAAGCUUUGAAAAGCAACGCAAUAGGCAGCCCGCAUGGAACGAGCAGGAAGCAUUCAACUUGAUAUUCCAGACUUCAGCAACUCCGUCCUGUCGCACCUGAACCAGUUGCGAAUACAGGGCCGUCUGUGUGACAUUGUGGUCAAUGUUCAGGGCCACAGUUUUCGUGCCCACAAGGUGGUCCUCGCUGCCAGCUCCCCUUACUUUAGGGACCACAUGUCGCUGAGCGAGAUGAGCACCGUGUCCAUAUCAGUGAUCCGCAACCCAACCGUGUUUGAACAGCUCCUUUCCUUUUGCUACACGGGACGCUUGUGCUUGCAGCUUGCCGAUAUCAUCAGCUACCUGACUGCUGCCAGCUUCCUCCAAAUGCAGCACAUUAUUGACCGCUGCACACAGAUUUUAGAGGGAAUUCACUUUAAAAUCAGUCUAUCGGAUGUGGAGGAGGAGCUCGGAAAUGGGGCCCAUAGGACCACUAAUCAAACCAUUGAGUCAGGAAGAGUUGGGACAGCGCUAGGUGGGUCCCGCUCCCUAAGUCCAAGACAUACCAACUCCCGAUUGAUCAACACUGGGGUGAUCAACAUCCGUGAUGUGAGGGAAGUCCGAGAGAUCAGUCCCCCUGGGGAGUCCAUGAGCCCCCAGAUAGUGGAGCACAGCGGCAUUAGCUCGGAGGAGGUGGGAUCUGUGAAAGAGCCCAUUCUCCGUAUUAACCGAGCCGGGCAAUGGUAUGUCGAGACAGGGACUGAGAUGGAGAGAGGUGGAGAGGAGAAUGUGCGGAUGGUGGAUGGGUUUCGAAUUAAGACAGAAAGGAUGGAGGAGUGGAUGGGGGCAGAGACUCAGGCAUCGGCAGAAGAGGGCAGUGGGGCCGAGGAGGGGCCGACAGUGAUGAUUGACACCUCAGGACGAAGCACACUGAUGCAGGAAGGAGGAAGAGGCGGGAAAGGUUCUCAGCCGUCCAGUAGCUUCAGUGAAACAGAGAGGUUUAGUCCAACAGGAAGUGUGGUGGUAAUGGCUGAUCGCCAGAGAGCCAAGAGUGAGUCCCCAGGAAGAGUCGACGAUCAGAGACUCCCCACCUCACAGGGAGAGGAGCAAGCUGUGUUUGACAUGGGGGGAUACGAGGAGUACCUACGAGAACAGGUAGGUGACCGGUGGUUCCGCUACAACCCCCGUCUCACCUGCAUUUACUGCUGCAAGUCCUUCAACCAGAAGGGCAGCCUAGAUCGUCACAUGCGCCUACACAUGGGCAUUACCCCCUUCGUCUGUCGAAUCUGCGGGAAGAAGUACACCCGCAAAGACCAACUCGAGUACCACAUCCGUAAGCACACAGGAAACAAGCCCUUUCAUUGCCACGUCUGCGGCAAGAGCUUCCCGUUCCAGGCUAUUCUCAACCAACACUUCCGCAAGAACCAUCCAGGCUGCGCUCCACAGGAGGUGUCCCACAGUGCCUCGCCUGAGACCACCACGGUCACUCCCCGUGGAGGCCAGAACGAAGAUGAGUCGCCCUCCCAGGAGGAAGCCGAAGGCAAUGGUGGAGGGGGAGGCGCCGGCUCGUCCUUCGGAGAAGGGGUCCAACCUUCAGUAUCCACUACUGGGCCCGACUGAAACCCUUCAAAGGAAAACAUUGCAAGUUUAGGGAGACA